GGGCCGCCGGCACCGCCCGCCCGCCGCCCGCGGUGCAUUGUGGGACGGGAGCUCCAAAAUGGACAACCCCAGGGAUGCGCCAGGGAAGGAGAGCCGGUGGUUCGGGAUCACGCAGCCGAAGUCGGCCAAGACCAACGUGAACAUUCGUCACCAAGAGGAGCUGAUAGCGCAGAAGAAGAGAGAAAUCGAGGCGCGGCUGGAGCAGCAAGCGAGGCAGAACUCCCUGAGCAUCCAGCAGCUCCCUCUGCUCGGAGAGGAGGACGGUUCUGAGGGGGAAGGCUGCGUCUCCAACAAGUUUGUUAACGAUGGCAGCUUCCUCCAGCAGUUCCUCAAGCUGCAGAAGGAAAAGUCAGCUCCUGAACCUCCCCCAAGCUCCACUAACCACUCAACAAACGCUGCUGCACCACAUGUGGGGAAGAAACCUUUGCUGUUUGGGAAGAGGCCAGGGCAGGUCCUCAGCAGUAUGCUGCAGCAGGCCAGGAACUACUCCCACUCCAAGCAGAGCCCUGUGGCAAACCGCCUCAGCGUCUUCCAGUCCCCAGAUGAGGAGGAGGAGGAGGACUAUGAGCAGUGGUUGGAAAUCAAAGUUUUACCCCCAGAGGACCUGGAGACUCGGCAGGUGGUGGAGAAGCUGGCCAGGUUCGUGGCUGAAGGGGGCCCAGCCCUGGAGAAGCUUGCAAUGGAGGACUACAAGGACAACCCAGCCUUUGGGUUUUUGCAUGAUAAGAACAGCAGAGAGUUCCUUUACUACAGAAAGAAAGUGGCAGAGAUAAGAAAGGAGACUCAGAGCUCUCAGACCUCCUCCUCUCAGAAAGUUUCACCCCCAGAGGACGAAGAGACCAAGAGCUCGGCCGAGGCCCUGGCCAGGUUCAUAGCCGACGGGGGGCCCGAGGUGGAAGCUAUUGCCUUGCAGAACGCCAGGGAGAACCCAGCUUUCAGGUUCCUGCGGGAGCCGCACAGCAGGGGCUGCAGGUACUACCGGCAGAAGCUGGAGGAGUUCCGGAAGGCCAAGAGCAGCCCAGCCUGCGCCCCCCCGGCUGGGGAGCCCAGCCUGAAGAGGAAGAGCAGCCCUGAGGCCUCCCCGGCCCCCCUCUGCCCCCCUCUGCCCCUGCCCUCCCCUGCAGCAGUGCCCCUGCCCUCCCCUCUGCCCGUGCCCCCCGCCGUGCCCCCGGCCCUGCCCUCGGCGUCCUCCACGACCCCCCCUGAGCCCCCGGCCCCGGCCCCGGCCCCUGCUGCAGGCACCACCAAAAAGAAGAGGAAGAGCAGGUGGGGGCCAGAGGAGGACAAGGUGGAGCUGCCCCUCCCUCAGCUUGUCCAGCAGCUGGAUUCGCCCUCCCCUCUUUCAGUCCAGGACCUCAAGGGGCUUGGCUAUGAGAAGGGGAAGCCAGUUGGCCUGGUGGGGGUGACAGAGCUCUCUGAUGCCCAGAAGAAACAGCUGAAGGAGCAGCAGGAGAUGCAGCAGAUGUAUGACAUGAUCAUGAAGCACAAGAGGGCCAUGCAGGAGAUGCAGCUGAUGUGGGAGAAGGCCAUCCAGCAGCACCAGCACGGCUACGACAGCGACGAGGAGGUGGACAGCGAGCUGGGCACCUGGGAGCACCAGCUGCGCCGCAUGGAGAUGGACAAGACCAGGGAGUGGGCUGAGCAGCUGACCCAGAUGGGCAGAGGGAAGCACUUCAUUGGAGACUUCCUUCCACCUGAUGAGCUGGAGAAGUUCAUGGAGACCUUCAAGGCGCUGAAGGAAGGAAGGGAGCCAGACUACUCUGAGUACAAGGAGUUCAAGCUGACUGUGGAGAACAUUGGCUACCAGAUGCUGAUGAAGAUGGGCUGGAAGGAAGGAGAAGGCCUUGGCUCAGAUGGGCAGGGGAUUAAGAACCCAGUCAGCAAAGGCACCACCUCUGUGGACGGGGCAGGCUUCGGCAUCGACCGCCCCGCGGAGCUGACCAAGCAGGACGACGAGUACGAAGCCUUCCGCAAGAGGAUGAUGCUGGCCUACCGCUUCCGCCCCAACCCGCUGAACAACCCAAGGAGACCUUACUACUGAGGCUGCUUUGGAGGGGGGAAGAGAGGAGCAGAAGAAAAGACAAAAGUCUCUUCCCAAGCAGUUGUCAUUUUCCUGUGAGAUGUUCCCAAGCUCCAUCACCAUCCUCUCCCUUUGCUCAUCUUGUGACAACCUUCUGGAAGCCACAAGGCCACCUCCUACCCAGGAGAGAGGCCAGCAAGAAGCCCUCACCUCACAGCACACUCCAGGGGCACCACCAGCAGGGCCUGGCAGGGCCUGGGUGGUGCUCAGAGAGGAGAAGGGAGCUCUGGACACGGUGCCAGUGGAAAGGCAGCACCAAAGAUACCAAUGGGGACAGUUCAGGGACCUCCUUUGUCUUCAGCUCAGUGCCAGCUUCUGAGCAGCCCAGGAGUUGUUGUGAGUUGGUUUUGCCCAGCAGCAGACCCUGCUCAGCUCCCCUCCAGUUUGUGCUGCUCUGGGCUUUGUUUGGGUCUUUGAUGACAAACACAACCAGGGCCUGGCUCAGCCCCAGCUUCUGGGGCCUGUUGCUCAGUCAGGCUCUUGGUUGCUCCCUCCAGAACUGGCUUCUGGCUGCUGCUGGGGAGCCACAACUGGAGCCUGACCUUCACCAGUGCCUCCUCCUUCACCUCUGCCCUGGGGAAGAGGAGUGGUGGCUCAGGCUGGAGCAUGGCUGAGGGGCAGAGGGAGCUUCCUUCACCUUCAGAGGCAGCAGCCUCUCGGUUUCCUGAACACUAAACUCACCCUCAGCUUCCCAGGGAAGCAGGAGCCUGGCUCACACUUUGUGGCUGGGGGUGAGGAAGGGCCAAGCCUUCCAGCACAGCUUAGCCAAGGCCCAAGGUCAGGAGAACCUCUGCAGCCUCCAAUUGGAAUCCUCCAGUCUGUAAAUACAAUAAAAGUCAUUUCUU